CUUCCAAAGGACCUGGAGUGGGAGGAGUGCAGGAGCUGACCUUCCUCGGAAGUCAGGGGACCUGUCCUGGGCUGCAGGGCCUGGGAUUCCCUCUGAACCACUGGGCAGGAGCCAGGACGCCCUGCUGGAGGACUUGGAGUCCACCACCUCCCACAUCUCCAAGCGGCCCGUGUUCUUGUCGGAGGAGACUCCCUACUCCUACCCAACUGGAAACCACACGUACCAGGAGAUUGCGGUGCCGCCCCCGGUCCCUCCACCCCCGUCCAGCGAGGCCCUCAAUGGCGCGCUCCUUGACCCCUUAGACCAGUGGCAGACCAGCGCCCCCCGAUUCAUCCACCAGCAGCCCCAGCCCCUGCCGCCGGCCUACGGCUCCAGUGCCAAACCGUGCAGCGCCUCCACCCCCCAGGACGGCCUGGGCCCUCCAUGCGCUCGGGCCGGUGAGGAAGAGCACGUCUACAGCUUCCCCAACAAGCAGAAGUCGGCUGAGCCUUCACCCACCGUGAUGAGCUCCUCUCUGGGCAGCAACCUUUCGGAACUGGACCGCCUGCUGCUGGAGCUGAACGCUGUGCAGCACGGCCCCUCGGGCUUCCCCGCAGAUGAGGCCAACGCGAGCCCCCCGCUGCCUCGGGCUCUGAGCCCUCACUAUGGCACCCCGGAGAACAACAGCCUGCUGGCGGGCAGUGCCGGGCCCCCGAUGAAAGAGACGCCCAAGCGGAACGGGGCCCGGGGCCUGGAGGACGUGCGGCCCAGCGUGGAGAGUCUCCUGGACGAGCUGGAGAGCUCCGUGCCCAGCCCCGUCCCCGCCAUCACUGUGAGCCAUGGCGAGAUGAGCAGCCCCCAGCGCGUCACCUCCAGCCAGCAGCAGACACGGAUCUCGGCCUCCUCUGCCACCAGGGAGCUGGACGAGCUGAUGGCCUCCUUGUCGGAUUUUAAGACCAGCUCCUCUGCUGUGGCCUUGAACUCCCUGGGGCUGCCGCCCAGCUCAGCUCCAUCCUCACAUCACAUACGUCCUUCUCCUCCUUCUCCUCCUCCUCCUCCUCUUCCUCCUCCCGGGCCCCCUAUACUCUUGCCACCCACUAUUAAACCCUCCUCUGGAGGCCACGGUCUCACCACAGAGGCCCUCUGCCAUGAGGAUGAUGAGGAAGGGCAGGGACUCUUACCUCCUGUGGCUCCCAGCUGGCUUGAUUUGGCUGGCCUUGGGGUGACACCUGACACCCCCAACUCAAGGUCUCCCUCUGCGGAGGGCUCUCUGGGGCCAUUUGGUGCAGAGAGCCAGACUCGAGGCUGGAGGGACGCACUAAACCUCAAGAGUGAGCUCUGCAGGGCUCCCCCAGGCCACCCUCGACCCCAAGCUGGGUGUUCAGGUCCCCAGGAGCCUGGAGACCCCCAAGGGCUGUCAGCCAGCCCUGCGUACCCAGAGGAGGCCUUGGCUGCCACGUGGGAGCAGCCGUGGGCUUUGGAGGCGCUCAGGCCAGAGACUCCCCACAGAGCUACGCCCAGCUUCCAGGAAGUAACGGAGCCAGCUGUCGUGGCCAUAGACCGUCAGGUCAUCUUCCCAGACACCUGGAGUCCUACGAAGGAACGUGGACAGCUGCAGGAGGGGACCAGGCCAGAGCCCGCGGGGCCAGAGGGCAGCCGCCCGGCUCCCGUGGACCAGGAACAGUUGGGUGGAGAGAUGCCCGUGCGGCGAAGCCCGAUCCGGCCAACCCAGGGACCCGAGACAGCCCGGAGGCCAGCGGGCACCGCUGAAGCUGCCGCCGAGGCUGAGAGGGCACGGCCGGAGCUUCCACAGGCCGUGGUCACGGACACGCCCACCACCGAGAGGAUCUCCACCUCUGGCCAGAUCCGCUCCGUGAUCAGGAGGAGCCGGGAGACAGGCCACGCGCACCCCAUGUCCCGGGAGCCCUCCCCUCGCCGCCGGCUGGACCCCGCCACCAUGAGCAGGACCCCAUCCCAGGAGCGGCUCAUCGCAGAGCUGCAGGGGCGGCUGGGCAUCCAGCCGGAGGCAGAGGCGGCGGCAGCGGGGGCGGCGGGGGCCUCCCCCGAGGACUGGAUGACGGAGGGCGUCGUCAUCACUGUGCAGCCUCGAGGGAGGCGGGCUGAGGGGCAGCUGGUAGAGAAGGUAGCAGGGAGAUGCCCAGGGCUCGGCCAGGACCAGGGCUGCGGGCAUCCUGGCCAGCGGGGAGCUUGGUGUGUGGGGGUCCUGCAUCCUGUGGCCCUGGAGAGACGGGGCAGAGCGGGAAGGCCCGGGGAGCUGGGGGCCUGGCUUCUCGGUGCCCUUGCUGGCUGGGCUGGUGCUUCCUCGCCUUCCUCAUCGCUCUCCUUCCUUUCUUCUCCCCAGGUGGUUUUCCCUCCCGGCUCUCCCGUCCCCCUGAGAAGAACCUUCUCUGUUCUGCCUUCUCCUCCUGUCCCUUUCCUCCAGCAUCACAGAGAGGCCGCGGCCAGCAGCCCUUCUCCCCCGCCCAGCCUGCCUGCACCCUCCACCCUGGGGCCCUCAGUUCUUCCCUGUGGGUCCCCUGGGGCUCAGAGUGCUGGGGCAGGGCCGCAGGAGGAUGUGCCGGUGCCCACCUCGCCCCUUCCUGCACCCCACACUGUGAGGUCCGUGGGCUGCCAGACCGACGAGGACCCGAUGUUCCCCCCGAUGCAGAUCCAGGGCCUGGAACAAAGAGCAGAUGGAGAGCUGUGCUGGGCGGCUGGCUGGCCUCCGAGUGGCAGGCAGAGCAGCCCCGAAGGGCAGGACGAGGGAGGGUUCAUGGCCCAGGGGAAGACAGGGAGCAGCUCUCCCCCCGGGGAGCCCCCAAAGCCCGGGAGCCAGCUGGACAGCAUGCUGGGGAGCCUGCAGUCUGACCUGAACAAACUGGGGGUUGCCACAGUCGCCAAGGGAGUCUGCGGGGCCUGCAAGAAGCCCAUCGCCGGGCAGGUGGUGACGGCCAUGGGGAGGACGUGGCACCCCGAGCACUUCGUCUGCACCCACUGCCAGGAGGAGAUCGGGUCCCGGAACUUCUUUGAGCGGGACGGGCAGCCCUACUGUGAAAAGGACUACCACACCCUCUUCUCCCCGCGCUGCUACUACUGCAACGGCCCCAUCCUGGAUAAAGUGGUGACAGCCCUCGACCGGACGUGGCACCCCGAGCACUUCUUCUGUGCCCAGUGCGGCGCCUUCUUCGGUCCUGAAGGGUUCCACGAGAAAGAUGGCAAAGCCUAUUGCCGGAAGGAUUACUUCGACAUGUUCGCGCCCAAGUGUGGCGGCUGCGCCCGGGCCAUCCUGGAGAACUACAUCUCGGCCCUCAACACCCUCUGGCACCCCGAGUGCUUCGUGUGCCGGGAGUGCUUCACGCCGUUCAUCAACGGCAGCUUCUUCGAGCACGACGGGCAGCCCUACUGCGAGGUGCAUUACCACGAGCGGCGGGGCUCGCUGUGCUCCGGCUGCCAGAAGCCCAUCACCGGCCGCUGCAUCACCGCCAUGGCCAAGAAGUUCCACCCCGAGCACUUCGUCUGCGCCUUCUGCCUCAAGCAGCUCAACAAGGGCACCUUCAAGGAGCAGAACGACAAGCCUUACUGUCAGAACUGCUUCCUCAAGCUCUUCUGCUAGGGCCCUCGUCCCUCCGGCUGCCCUGGCCCCUGGCCCCGCCUCCCCCGCCGCUACUGUGACCCAGAGGCCUCGCCCCGGGCUGCAGGGCCAAGCCCGACUGAAACUGGAACCCGUGUCCUGGCUGUGCAGGGUGGCAAGAGGGCUCCAAGGGUGCCCCCUGCUUUUCAUCCUCUGCCAGGGCCUCUGGGCCUCCCCCUCCUCCUGCAGCUGUCUCCAGGCUGCCAGCUCCUCAUCCUCCCCGGAGGGGGGCUGGGGGCCCCGCCCCACGAACCCGCCUGGCCUGGCCAGCACCCCACACUGGAGCCAUCUCUUACUCAUUUCGGCAGUGGAGCAGGGGGCGGGCAGGCAGGGUCAGAUGGGGUCUCUUUUUAUCUUUGUUUCCGUCCGACCAAAUUAUCCUUGUUCUGAGAAUCCUGGGGGACACCGCUCCCUCCAGACAAUGCCAGCAUCAAUCCACCGAGGGCCGCAGUGCCCAGGGGCCAUGGGAGGUUCCUGGUGCUCCUCCUGCCUUUCCAGUCUCCCCGGGCCGGGCGACUGCCCUGCCCAUCCCUGCUCUGGUUCUACUGAGACAGACUCUCCAGCAAUAAUGUUUAUGGUCACUUCCUCCGUCUCCGACGGCAGGAGGGGGCAUUCACCCCGAGCCUGGACACUGUGCCGACUUUGAUAGAUUUCUACACUGAGGUUUGAAUUCCUAUCAUCGGAGUUGCUUUUACUUCUCUACACAAAAUGAUUUUGAAGAGAUUUUAAAGACAUCCCCUUUUGUAUUCUCCUCCGUGUCCACCGCCACCGGUCCUGUGGGGCAGUGGCUGUGGGACAGGGUUCGCUUUGUACUGAGGGCUUGGGGUGGGGAAGCCAUUUGUAUUUUAUUUUUUCUUAGCAUAAGCAGGUGAAGUGGGAGCAGCUCUGAGACUCCCCUUCUUUCCUUCACGGCUCCCAGGACUGUUUUAUAAACUGCUGUAUUUUGAAAUCCCUUCCUUACUACCCAGGCCAGCAAGCUCUUAACUGAAAUGGCCUCAGGGUGUCUUGCCCCUUUGGGCCUAGGAUUCUGAACCUCAUCCGUCCUGUUCCUUAGUGAGGAGAAGGGGAAAGGGUGCUUUGGGGGUACUGUUUCCUGUCUAAGCCAUUAGGAGCAUCCGCUCCCCUGUGAACUCUCUGGCACCCAAGAGAACCCCCGCACACUCUCGCCUCCUCACUGCUUCUCUGGGCUCCUCCUGCCUCCUCAGGAAAGCUGGAUCUGGUUUUGACCGUUGGUCUUGUUGAUUCCACUGGGCGCAUCACUUCCCCAAUUCCCUGCCCUCCUUGGAAACGAGGGCUGGGGGAAGGGCCCGGGUUGUUGCAAGGCAGUCUGGGCGGAGGGACGGAUCCGCUGAAGCCAUGGAAAGGCCCCACAGCUUUGCUUUCUCCCCCAAGGAUGAAACAGGAGCAGGCAGGCCCGGGUUCCUGGCCAGCAGAGGGGGCCCCAGUGGGGUCUACAGUGGGUAAGAUCUUAGCAGAGGCUCAGUGCGCUGGGGUUUCAGAUGAGGGUCCCUCCUUCAAGGCAGGGCUGGGAGCAGCCAGGUCCGGGCUGGUCAAAGGUCUGACAUCUCCACUUCCACCCAUAGGCCUUAUUGCUCUGUUUACAGUGACCCGCCCUAGACCCCACUCCUAGAGGGAAGGGUUUCUGGGGUCCACCCUCUGGGCCAAUGGUAAUUUGAUGAAUUGAUUUUAAUUUUUUUCUCUGUAAACUUUUAACUUGGCUUUUCCUCAUUUCAAUUCCUGUGAUUUAUGCCAAUAAAGUUUGCCAUUAUUUUGAUCUGU